AUGGUUUAUUUCGUGGAAAAGCCGUCUUUUCUUCCUUUGGCCAACUCAGCCACCGAGGCCGUAUCCUCUUCAACCGGCCAAGUCGCCUCUCUUGAUGGUGAGCCUCGCGAACAACAGCCAUUACCAUCUCCAGCCCCCGAUGUCGCCGACGAGAGUAGUAUUCAUGUGUACAAACUGCAGGGCAUGAUUCUGCACCAUGGCCUCUCUCUGAGCUGCGGACACUACACAUGCGUUGCGAAGGUGGGCAGCAACUGGGUCUCCUUUGACGACUGUUCAGCGUCCUUCACUAGUCUGGAUCAAGUCAAUCGUCAACAGUUUGCCACCCCUUAUCUCCUACUUUACAGCAAAGUGUAG